UCAAUUUUAUGAUAGCAAAUAGUAAGGGACUUAGCUUUUUAAAAAAGCUAAGAGUCAUUUGUGAAUAGUAAAGAUGAAAUAUGAAUAAUAAAAGCCAUUUACUAUAUAGAACAUCCAUUAGGAGCUCAUUGUCAUUUAAUUGAUGUAAGAUUUUGAGAACUACUACUCUCUUCACUACUCUUUCUGUCUCGUAAUAUAUAUUUUGGUUACUAUUAGGAAAUUUCAUAACAAAUAUAUUAUUAUUGGUACGCUUGUAUGACUUAUUCAAAAAUAUUGUCAAAUACGACUCCGACUUUGAUUUCAAAUUUAAAUUUAGCUAAUUACGAUUAAAUAAAAUUAAUAAAAAAACAUUAGUAUUAGUAGUUUAUUACUCUUUUUCUUGGUCGUCUUCAUCAAUCACAGCUAUGGCGGCAUUACAGUACUUGGAAUCGCAGCGGAGUGAACAUCCAGAGCUAUCAGAAUGGUACAGUACGCUUGCAGAUCUGUACCAACGUAAGCUCUGGCAUCAGCUCUCUCUUAAGCUCGAACAGUUCGUCGCUCUAGCUGUUUUUCAGGCCGGUGACACACUGAUUCAGUUGUAUCACAAUUUCAUCACUGAUUUUGAGACAAAGAUCAAUCUUCUGAAGCUUGCACAUUUCGCUGUAAUCGUUUCUCGGCAAUACUCGGAGAAAGAAGCUGCAAUUGGUUACCUGGAAGGAGUAGCUGAGAAACUCCAAAAUACUAAAGAGACAAGGAUUGAGGAGCCAAUACUUUAUAUUAAAUUGCAGAUUGCCCUAUUUAAGCUUGAACAGGGGGAUCAGAAAGAGUGCAAGAAGCUUCUAGAACAGGGGAAUGCUACACUUGACAGCAUGACUGAUGUUGAUCCCUCUGUUUAUGCCAGCUACUAUUGGGUUUCAUCUCAGUAUCAUAAGACUCGGCAGGAGUUUGCAGAGUUUUACAAAAGUGCUCUCCUCUAUCUUGCAUACAUUUCAGUGGAUUCUCUUUCGGAGUCAUUCAAGCUGGAUUUGGCGUUUGAUUUGUCCUUGUCAGCAUUACUGGGAGACAACAUAUACAAUUUUGGGGAGCUGCUUGCUCAUCCAAUUAUAAAGAGUUUGGUAGGGACACAGGUUGAAUGGCUAUAUUAUAUUCUUGAAGCAUUCAACACUGGUGAUUUAGUUCGUUAUCAAGAAUUGUGCCGUGUACAUCAAGCUGCUUUAAGUGCUCAACCAGCAUUGUUGCAGAACGAGAAAAAGCUUCUCGAGAAGAUCAACAUUCUGUGCUUGAUGGAAAUCAUCUUCAGUCGUCCAGCAGAGGAUAGAACUAUUCCAUUGAGUGCCAUUGCAGAGCGCACUAAGCUUAGCGUGGAAGAUGUAGAGUAUCUCUUAAUGAAGAGCCUCUCUGUGCAUCUGAUUGAGGGAAUAAUCGAUCAAGUGGAAGGGACUGUUCACGUGUCCUGGGUUCAACCAAGAGUUUUGGGUAUUUCUCAGGUCAAGUCAUUGCGGGAUCGGCUAGACAAUUGGGUGGAUAAAGUACACACUGCAUUGUUAUCCGUGGAAGCUGAAACUCCUGAUUUGGUUGCAUCGUAAUCCUUAGUUUCCCAGUUUGCACUUUCUGGUCCCUCUAUAACACUCCGAUCUCCUCUUUAACUCAUUUUUUGGCUGUCCCUAUGAGAGCUGGUAUCUCAGCGGAGUUAGUAUGGGGAGACAUCGUUAUACUUUCUCGGGCCUAUACUGUUAGUAUGGGGAGACAUCGUUAUACUUUCUCGGGCCUAUACUGUUCAUUUAGUUGCUUGUUCUUGUACUUCCAUCACUUUUAUAGCGACCGCGUUAUCAGGGGAAACUCAUGCAGCAGUAGCCAAAAUGUGAAAAAUGGCUUAUUUUACUGCCUUUAGACAUUAUAUAUUACGCAGUAGUGGUGGAAUGGUAUCUAUUUCUUGCGAUUUUUGUACGUUCAAAUAGGAAAAUAAGUAUUGUAUUUGCUUGAUUUAGAGGUCCAAGUAGGGAACUAGUUUGAAAGAAAAAAGGGGGAAUUUUAGAAGCUUUAUUGAUCGACUAUCUGAAUUUUAACCUUGUUUAGAGUAGAGUUCUACUAAUUAGAAAUACUAAACUAAUACGUACCACAUCGGACAUUCGAAGUAUGUUUUGGUAAUUUAAAAGUGGCUUACCGAAGUGAACUAAUUAGGUGGUGGGAACGGUGAGAGCUGGGGCUCCUCCCCUGCGGUUGAGGCAACGCUCCCGUGGAUGAUGGAUAAGGAGCCCCACGCCCCGCCUUCCGGGUGUCCCAAGGAGGUGCGAUGGAUUUCUUCAAUUGACCACCAUUUUUUUCAUAUUCAAAUUUGAACUAUUUCGCGUAUGGUCUAUGGUUUGAUGGUAGCUUGGCGUAUCGUAUGUAUGCCUAUUUUUAGGGGUGGAUGUUUGGUCUUCAAAUUUUGAUUUGUUUUUUCAAUAGGGUGUACCGAACACCGAACUGAUUUGAUUUAGAUCGAUUUGGUUCUUCAAAGGAUAAUUGAUCGGAAUGGGGUUUCCCAAUUUUGGACAAACCCCUUUAAUCUUUUUAUUUUACAUCAUUGACGGAGUUAAUGUCAUCAACGAACAAUUUUCAUUUCUGGAUAAUUGUUUGUUUUGAAAUAUCGUAUUGAAAAAGUGUCUCUUUCGGCUUCGAAAUUGAAUAUAGAUUUGAACCCAUAGACGAAAAUUUAGCAUCACGCUCAUCUAUUGAUCAACUAACACUCCAAUAUUUUAAUUUAAUACCAGAAGAUUUAAAUCUUUUGUAGCAAUAAUACCCUAUUUAAACUCAUUUCAUUUCAACACUAAUAAUUAUCAUUUUUUAUCAUUUCUAAAACACAUAAAUAAAGAAAUUUAUAUAAACUACAAUAAAGUACAUACAAGUAAACAAUUUUUUGUAUGGACCCCAAGAAAUAACCAUCAUAAAAUCCUAACCGUCCAGUCUUUAAUGAAAACUCAAUCUCAACCGUCAAUACUCCUUAUACUAUUCGAACUUCCAAUCCCCGCCAAAAAAAAAAAAGAAGCUAACUUCCUUUGUUACAUGCUCUGUUUCAAUGGCUACCAUACCCGAAUCCGCAAUAAAGCUCUUGGAACCCGACCCGUACCCGCUUAUCAACCUCGUAAACCUCCUCCGUGAGGACGAUGAUAAUCUUCGUAAACCUGCAAAGACUCUGUAAUGUCGCCUUUGUUUGAUUCACUCUUUCUUUGUCAAAGGAAGUUUCUACCAAAUACUUGUGGAAGAUUAUUUUUUGGACUUGUCAAACAAGAUUGCUACUUGUUCAAACAAGUUGCUACUUGUCUCCAUUUUUUGCUACUUGUCUCCAUUUUCAUCUCUAUAAAUAGAGGCCUUCUUUCUCAAUUGUAAUACACAUCAAAUUACAAGAGUUCUCUUUCAUUCUCUUGUAUUUAUUCUUCCUUCCUAUUAGAGUAUUAAGUUGAGAGAGUUGGUGUUGGAAAAUACUUUGUGUGAGCCCUUUCUUUUGGAGUGAUUUUGUGAGGUUUUCUCUUGGGAUAUUUGGGUUAAUUAGAGUGACUACUCUAAUUUUGUAAUCCCUCUAUUGUACUCUUGUUGAUAUAGUGAAGUUGUUCCUCACGAGCAUAUAGUGAAGUUGUUCCUCUCCUCUCGUGGACGUAGGUUACACUGACCGAACCACGUUAAAUUUGUGUCUCCUUUAUUUUUUCUCAACUUAUUGUUAUUAUCAUCUUUGUUAUCGUAUUCAAUCAAUUACUUUGUUUAAUUCUGCACUAUCCGGGAUUUUCGAUCCUAACAGACUCUUCUCAAUUACACCUUAGAAAACUACCCAAAUUCUUUAAUCCAAAAACUUGUUGAAACAAUUCAAUGUAGCUCAUUAACAUCAUCGAUUACGGUUAAUCUGUGUUAUGGUCUCUUACGGGAUAUUUUACCACCCCUUUGGACUAAUCUUUCAUCAACUACGCGAAAUGAAUUGAAGGUUAGUUUGAAUAUCAAGAUUUGGGUUGAAAGAGAUUACGAAAUACUCAAGGCUUGUUCUUCUUGUGUAUCGAGUUUAGCGUGUUUGCUUUUUCCGAAACAUGAAUGGGAUAUUUUGUUUUACUCUAUGUUUAAGUACCAGGGUUCGAAUUCUUGAAACAGAAAAUUUGGUGCUCUGUUUUUAUUGAAUGAAUUGAUACCGAAAUGUCGGGAGGUUUUCAUACCGCAUGUUGAUUAUUUGAUUAAGAGGUUUAUGGAUCUUAUGCCUAUUAUAUCAGAAGAUCAUCGGUGUGGGGUUUUUGCUGCUAAAACCUCUGUGAAAUUGAUUAUAUACUUCUCAAACCCCGCGAGUUAUUCCAAGUUUUAUGAGCUUUUAAGUCAAGUGUUAGUGAUUUUUUCUGUGGCGCUUCGAGAGGAGGAGCUUGUGUGCAGUCUUCUUGAGGAUAUGAUUGUUUUAGCUGGUGUAGAGACCGCGUUUUUUGAAGUUCAAUUUGACGUUGUGAUUAUGUGUAUGGUGAGGCUAGCUGAAAAUUUGGAGUUAGGGGAAAAGUUAAGUCAACUUGCUGUAGAGUUUGUUGUUACUGUUGCUGAAGAUAGGGAUAGUGGAUGUGGGAUGAUGCGGAUGGUUCGGAAGGAACUUCUUGUGUUGAUGGAUAUGUUGGUGCAUGUUGAAGAUGACCCUGGUUGGGGAAACACGAUUAACGAUGAUGAAAAUGAAGGGGAGUUGAGUAUGUUUAGGCUAGCAAUUGCGUUUGGGGGAGGUGUAAAUGUGCCUAAUUUGCCUACUGAACAAAGUGUUGACGUUAUAAGUCCCACACUGGAAACUCAAAAUCAACUUUUGCUACAUUAAAUGCAUUUGGUUGAGUUAAGUUGAUAGCUGAGCUUAGUAAUGUGAGUUAAGUCCAACAGUUCCUGAUGGGCUGCUUCUGCAGUUGAAGGUUAAUAUUGGCUGCGGCCGCUUCCUGCAGUUGAAGAAUAUGGGCUGCGGCCCUUUCCCAAGGUGGCCUUCGGUACGAUGGACUACUUCCAAUAAACCACCACUUUCUUUUGUGGUAUCUACCACAAAAUGUGAUUACAUAGGUCGUUUUUUUAAAUGGUGGUAUUAGAUUAGUUUUCAGCUUAUCAAGUUCAUUACUUCAGAUAGGAGGAUAUGUAGCCUGGGUAUGAUGUAAUGCUUCCAAUAAACCACCACCUUUUAAGAAACCACUAAUCUAAUGAAACUCGCUUUGAGUUACUGUCACACUUCAUGUUUGUACAUAGCAAUUUGAAAAUUUCUUACAUGAUAUACUUCUAGAAAUUGUUGAUCUCGGAGUUUGCUAUCGAUACUAGGACACAAUAAAAGAAUCUAUGCAAAUGGUGUCAAUUAGCUAACAUCAAAAGAGCCCUUGAUUCCAGAUAAGUAGGUUGAUACGCCUAUGAUCGGGAAUAUAGUGAGAAUUAUUCACAACUUAGGCUCUCAGAGGCCAACUCAUUGUAACAAGCCUCUGAAUAUUGGUUGCUUGUUAGGGAUAGAUAGACCUACAUGAUUAACUAUUCCACUCUACGUUAAAUGGAAUCCACCAAAAGAGAAUGCUUAUAUGCCAUUCAGUGAUGCUAAACGAGAUAAUAUUGUGAAUGCCUCUGGAUUGGGUAUGCUUAUAUGCCAUUCAGUGAUGCUAAACGAGAUAAUAUUGUGAAUGCCUCUGGAUUGGGUAGUGUGUUUAGGAAGAAGGAUGGAAUUCGGAUCUUGGCUUGACUACUACGGGACCUAUAACAAAUGCUUUUGAUGCAUAACGCCUCGCCCUUCUUACAGGCCUUAGCUUAGUAAUACAACUCUAUCUUAGGCCCCUAGAAGUCAAUAUCCAUGCUCAGGAAGUAUGCAGAUUAUUAAACACUUCAAAUGUACUAAGCUCCUCUAUCUAGGCUGAUUGCGGUCUACACUCCGUCUGCUGAAUAGUCCUACGGUACAAUACAUCUACAGACAACAAAAUCAGGUAGCAGAUCAUAUGUCAACACGAGAACCAGCAAUGCAGAUAGCUUAACCACAACGACACUUACCAUAAACUACAAUAACCAAAAAACAAUUUCAUUAAUUUCAGCAGCAUUAAUGAAACAGACCAUUUCCAUUCUUCCCAUGUUCCCGGAUGCAAUGAAUUUGAUGAUAUUCCUGCAAGAUUCACAGAAGUGUUGUAUUAGAUUUGCAUAAUAAUAAAAGCAUUUCUUCCUAAGUAAGAAAUGCAGGAUUUGUCCCACAUUGUUACACAACAGAUGCUUUUAUUACUAUUUAAUAGAAUGACAAAUGAAUACUGAAUGCUGAGCUCUGUAGCGUGGGCUUGUAACUCAAGUGAGGGCAUUGAUGUGGUGGAAUGUUGAGCUGUCCCUGAUGGUUGGGCUUGGUGGGCCAGUUUCUGGCCUGCCCUAUCCAAGCACAGAGUUGGAUCACGGGGCCUUGUCGAAAGAACAGGCUUCUUGAUCCCUAAAGUGGGGUGGACUGCGUGAGGCUGGUUUCACAGAGCAACGAACAGCUCCCGCUCUGUGCAGUGGAAGGAUUACAGGUUGGUGCCUUUCAAGUUCAGUAACACCUGAUGGGCUGCUCCAAUUAAACCACCACUUU